AUGGACCAUAUAUGCGACUCGACGGCGCAGGCAACCUUUGCUUCCACCUUCACCGGAACCCCUCCGGCAUCCUUGGGUUCCUCUAUAUGCCGCCCAUUCACGGAUGCCUCACAACGUGGCCAUUCGAGCGAUUCCCAAGGCGUUCGAAGAAAACAACAAAAGCGACCCCAAACCCGCUCGAAGGACGGCUGCUGGACAUGUCGAAAGCGGAGAGUCAAGUGUGACGAGACUCGUCCACAAUGCGGCGGAUGCGUCAGGUUAUCGAAACAUUGCCACUAUGGUCACCAAUGGCAAUUCCUCGAUUUCAGCUUAUGCACGGGACGACAACUUCGACACAACAGCCCUUCUAGCAGUUCAUCAUUGAACUGCUACCCCAGUAGUCUCAUCAGUAGCACUCAAACUACAAAGCCAUCGGUCAAAAACCACACUGUCUCUGGAAUCUCGCCUGAAGACAAGCAUCGGAAGAGAGACUCUCUGAGCCCACAAGAUGCAUACUCAAUCUCUACCAACAGCAGUUUUUCAAGUCCAUCCAGUUGCAGGCCACUGACACCCCUCAGCCACGUGACCUCUUUUGGUGAAGACGACCAGGACAAGCAUAUGCAUGUUUCACACCUUGGCAUACUCGCAAAACCUGAGACAUUAUCACAACCCACGCCGCUUCUACCACUUGCCAUAUGGGACAAGUGUGAGCUACCAGAAUCAGCACUCUCCGGGUGCAUACCACCUCUACCGCACAAUCCGGAAGAUCAGAAUACUCUUAUAGCGACGACCCCUGUGCUGAAUCACAAGACCUUGACUCUACCACAGAUAGUAAUCUUUGGACUUGGAUACCAUGAUCAGAAAGUGGGGGUUUUCGAUGAAGAAGGAGCAAUAUCCGCCCAGUCCAAGAGCUUCGAGCCGCUGCGUCAUGCCAUCUGUGCUUUAUCGUCCCUGACCUCAGCGCUAAGAGGCCAGCAGACUGGGUUUGUGGAAGCUUUCGAGUAUUAUGCUCGUGCUGUCUCCACAUCCGUAUCACACGCCCAUGUCGAGCCAAGUUUACUCUUCUAUUUGCACUUUGUUCUACUCGUCUUCGACGUCUGUUGCAUGGGACAAGAAUCAAGAGGCCCGAUCAUGUGGUCCCAGCAUUUAGGGCAUCUCGCGGCACUCGCAUUUUGCUUACGAAAGGAUAACUCGGCCAAGGUGCCAGCCAACCUCUUGUGGACCGUUCUCAACCUCGAUGUACAACUAUGCCUAGCCGGGAACAAUGACGCAGGGUCAUAUGUAAGAGCCUAUCUUGCAGACGAAUCAUUCCUCCCGGACCUGGCUGAGCUCCAAAAUCUGCGACACGAUUUCAAAUGUGGUACAUCGGCUUUGUGUGCUGCAGUCUACGACCUAGCAACUUACAUAUGCCGGAAAUUCGCUAAGCUCAGUCAGCUCGCCUUGAAGAUGCGAUCUGAAACGAAUAGCGGAAGAGGUAGUGCUGCAGCACGUCACAGGUGCAUCGACAAAUUUUACCAUAUCUUGUAUAUCGAGUGGACAUUUAGGUACAAGCAUAUCCUUACUUUAACCGCAUCUGACCGCAAUUUAUUGAUGGGUACAACAAUAAGCGCAACUUUGGAACUUGCUUUGUUGCAGUACUCGACCAUCAUUGUCUAUCUGCACACAAGCAUGUAUCACGAUCAACACUUCCCCUCCCCUCGUGUUGGAAAGCGAGUUGCGGAACAUUGCACCAAGAUCCUCUCUAUCGCAUCGACGAACCGUCUCGACUCACAUCAGUGUAUUUUCCCACUCUUUCUGAGUGGGUACGCCAGCAAAUACACGUUGCAGAAAGAACAAGCUCUCGAGCUUAUCAAGAGCACGCAGGUCUUGGGUCUGAGUGGUGGCUCUAGCCGAUUGGUCGACCUGCUUCGGCUGAUCUACGCGAAGCAGACGGCUCAAGCGCAAACAUCCGCAACGACUGGGGUGGACUGGGUAGCCAUGUCUCGCCAAAUGGGUUCACAGAUGGUGGGCUUAAGCCUGUAG